UGUUAUGUGGACAUUAGCAGUGCAGCGAACUCACUGGAGCUUCAUUUUAAAAAAGUGACUAGAAGAGGAUGUUCAGCAUGCAAUUUCUAUCCCAACAGAGACCAACAGCUCAGUGGAGCACUCACUGCUACCUGGCAUGUUUCUUCAUCAUGAUCGCCUGCUCUGGACCAGUUUCACCCCUUCAUGCCCCUCCAGUGACAACAGGGAUCCGCUCUGCUUUCUCCGCCACACAAACCAACAGUGUGGUAGGAGGCAAGCAGAAGGCAGUGACCUUCAACAGGCUCAUGGUCAACAUCGGAGGAGAUUUCAAUCCGGACACCGGUCACUUCCGUUGCCGCAUCCCCGGAGCUUACUAUUUCUCCUUCUCUGUGGGGAAAUUUCCAAAGAAAAUGCUUUCUGUCAUACUGGUGAAGAACACGGAGGAGGUGCAGGCUAUAGCGUAUGAUGACUACCGCAAGAAAGGAAGGAAAGUUCAAAGCCAAAGCAUAAUGAUCAACUUGAAGGAAAUGGACACAGUGUGGUUAAUGUUGCAGCAAAGUCCCCAGUAUGCUUUGUACAGCAAUGCUGGCCCUUACAUCACCUUCUCUGGUUACCUCGUCUAUCCUGAAACCUCCACCAGCAGCUACAUCAGCAAUCACCUGUCCCAACCAGGGCUGUACUACCCGAACUGUCCCCCCCACGCUGAUCCCUGGGGAGGUCAGAUGUCAGAGCAGCCGCGAUCGGCCUUCUCAGUGGCACGGACAUCCACAUUCAUGGGUCAGAGUGGCAGGCAGCAGAGCAAGCCACCUCUGACCUUUGAUGUGGAGUACGUCAACAUCGGCGGCCAUUUCAACAAAACCUCAGGACUGUUCACCUGCCAUUUCCCAGGGGCCUACUACUUUGCUUUCACUGUGGGGAAACACCCUCGUAAAGCUGUUUCUGUGAAGCUGAUGACCGGGAAGGGCCAGGUGCAGGCCAUGGUGUUUGAUGAGGACACAUCCAAGAGGCGGGAGAUGCAGAGUCAGAGCUUGCUGCUGUCUCUCCGUCGGGGCGACAGCGUGUGGCUGUACAGUCAGCAGGAUGAGCGCUACGCCGUUUACAGCAACCAGGGGAGGUACACCACCUUCUCUGGCUUCCUGGUGUAUCCUGAAGCAGAACCAGUCACUCCUCCCACAAACCAGGACAGAACUCAUCUCUAAACGUCUCCACCCUUCAUGGUGUCAUGUGUAAACUUAUUUUGUUUGAUUUGUAGAAAUUCUGUAGGUUAUUUCUAUAUGGAUUAAGCAGAUACAAAAUUGUUUUAAUCUUUUUUUUUCAGUAUAGUGUAAGUAUGUUUACUGUUCAAACAAUGUAAUUCCAGGGAUAAAGUUUGUUGCCAAAUUUCUCCACAAGAUGGCGCUGUAUUACUAUUAUCUAGCAUUCAAGAUGGUUAUUUUUGUCCUAAAAGUGCAAUUACCUGUAAGACAUCACAAAAAGACAAAGUAUUGUUUGUGUUUGUAUGAUAAAUUCUUGAUCAACUAAUAAAUUGCAGUUUGGUUCACAAAUUUAUUUUUAGAAUUAUUUGUAUUUAGAAGUUUUAAAAGCAUUUAAUGUAAAAAUGAUCAUUGUACGGCAUGAGGACAAUUUUGUAAAUUAUGUAUAGUUUAUUUUCUGUAUAAUGGUUAAAAUUUACUCACUGUAAAAAUGAGAUUUUUAGAUACAUCAUGAUCAUGUGAGUGGUGUUACAUGAGGAGCUUUUAUACUGUGGAUGUAUCUAUUUUGAUGUUUUGUGUGCAUUUUAGGCAAAACUUAAUAAAUUCAUACACUUGA